UCCUCCAACACUCUCUCUCUGUCUCCAUCUCUUUACUGAAGAUGACUGCAGGGUUGUGUAUGUGUGUUCUGCUGGUGGUCCUGUGCACUAGCUGUUCAGGACGCACACACUUCUCUCCAAACCUCCAAGAGGGCAGCCCUGCCCUGCCCCCUCCCUCUGAAGCACGUCUGGAAACCAAAGCCCACUUCCUCUCCGAGCCAUACCUCAGACAUACUCACUCCUCUCCUUUGGUCAAUACCAAGCCAUAUAUGGGAGAAGGCAGAAACUCCAGAGCCAAACUCAGUGAACUGUUGGCUAGACUCAUCUCCUCACAGAAAGGUUACAUCAGUGGGAACUCAACAGUGAACAGCAGAGCCAGCGGUCUCAGUGCUAACCACCUGAUAAAAAACAGAGACUACACCGGGUGGAUGGACUUUGGCCGCCGCAGCGCAGAAGAAAACGAGCACUCCUUGUAGAAAAGUAGUCCCUCCCUACAAGAAAAGAACAAGUCACUGUCUCGUCAUGAGAGUGUAUUUAUUCUGUAUUUGAUGUACAUUUGUUUGUAAACACUAUAUGAUGCAAUAUACAGCAUCUACAGUGACAAG